CUUGACCUCAAGCAAGCCUUCAACCUGUUGCACGUGCGCACGCACACCCGGCAGCGGCAGCUGGAGCUGGAGAAAGAGAGAGAGUAUCUCUCUCUCGCUACGAAAUGCUGAAAAGAAGGCUCCUCCCCGUCCUCGCAAGAGUAAUAAAAAGAAAGAAUGAAAUAGUAAACACGAGGAGAACUGCAAAACUCGCGGAGUGCGAGCACUCGCUGUAAAAGCCGACCGCCCCGUCGGAGUGGUGCCGGAGCUGCGGCGAGCGGUGCGUGCUGGUGGUGAAGGCGGCGGCGUGCGGUUGUGGUGCUGUGUGUGUGUCCGUGCGGCCUCGGCGCCGUACGUACGGGACCAGCGAUGGACGGCAGCGUGAGGCCGGCGACGACGUCGCCAUGAAGUUUCUCAGCGUGCGCAAGGUGACCCAGGGCACGGCUUUGGCCGUGUUUCUGGCCGCCUUCUACGGAGCUUUGCUGCUGCUCGGCUGGCCCCCGCUCGGCCUCGACUGGCAGCAGCAGACGACGGCGCUCGUUGCAGACGACGCCGCUCAAGAUGGCGGCGCGCACAAGAAAGCAGCAGCAGCGGACGGAGAAGUUGCAGCGGCCGCAGCAGCUUCGUCCAACGUCAACAACAAGCUUGUGUUCCUCAGGGCACCGCCCGGGUUUCAUCAGAGUGCUAGUCGCAGGGUGUUGAAGGGGGGAAACGACUUUGACAACGAAGUGGAGGAUUACGCCGACCAGCCGUCAGGCGAAGACUUUGCUCCCGACAGUGUCGGGGCCGAUGCCGACGUACGCGACGGCAACAGGUCGGCGGGCCAGCGAACUGCAGUCAGCGGUGGGACGGUGCCCGAGGAACCGCAGCGGUCGCCCACGACGCGGCUGGAGGACGUGUUUUUCAGUGUAAAGACGACGCGGACGUUUCACAGGACUAGGCUGGACGUCAUACUCAAAACGUGGUUCGUCCUCGCACGCGAACAGACGUAUUUCUUCACGGAUGCGGCGGACCCGCUGUACCAGCUCAAAACAAACGGUCACCUCAUCAACACCAACUGCUCAUCGUCGCACAACAGGAAAGCCCUGUGCUGCAAGAUGUCUGUCGAGCUAGACUUCUUCCUCGACAGCAACAAGAAGUGGAUGUGCCACUUCGACGACGACAACUACGUCAACGUUCCGCGGCUGGUGAAGCUGCUGCAGGAGUACGACCCCCGCGAGGACUGGUACCUGGGCAAGCCGUCCAUUCGGCAGCCGCUGGAGAUCCUCGCCAGGGACAGCAGCAAGCCGCAGAGGAAGAUCUCCUUCUGGUUCGCCACGGGUGGCGCGGGCUUCUGCAUCAGCCGCUCGCUGGCGCUCAAAAUGCUGCCGCUCGCCGGGCGCGGGAAGUUCAUCAGCAUCGGGGAGCACAUCCGGUUGCCCGAUGACGUCACCAUGGGCUACAUUGUGGAGCACCUUCUGAAGAAGAAUCUGACCGUGGUCGAGAACUUCCACUCGCACCUCGAACCCAUGAAGUUCCUCAAGAAGGAGGCCCUCAGCGACCAGGUGACCUUCAGCUACUCCAAGUUCGGCAAGGAGCUGAACGUGCUCAAUAUCGACGGCUUCUCGCUCAGGGUAGACCCCACUAGGUUCCUGUCCUUGCACUGCCAGCUGUUCCCGAACUUCAGCUUCUGCCCGAGGUAGCGACACGCCUAACGCGCGCGCUUCGGGUGUGCUACGCCGGGUGCCAGCGCGGAAUGUGCCAAGAGCCACGAUGCCUGCCGUGCACACCAUGCGAGGAACGAAACGCGGCGUCAAGCAGCCAUCAACGGCGCGUUUCGUUUGUAGUGGACUUCUGUCUGUUGUUGUACGAACUUCCCGUGCUUCAGCCGUCGAGGAAAUUGCGGCGGGCUUCUCUACACAGUGUGCGAAACUGUGGUGUGGAACAUUGCGCAGUGAAGCCUUGACUGAGACGUUGCUGUGUGGCGACGGCGUUUGGGGACGCGCGAGCGGUCCAUUCGGCGUGGGCGCCGCGAACUUCGGUCGGUGCGACGGUGUGACGUCGCUAGUGGCCUGCCAGCUCCGUGGAAGACAGUGACUCGCUUCACGUGGGAUCGCUGCGUCAUGUGGAGACGUUAAUUCAGUCUCGCGUCGUCAGAAGGAUUUUAAGUUAAAGCUCAGUUUGCUAACCCCCCCCCCCUUUUUUUUUUUCUUCUUUGUGGUUAACCUGGCUGGCAUUUCUUGCCUCGUGUACCAGGAUACAAACUAAGCAGAGAUCUCUCUUUGGUUUUGCACCUUGAGCAGAACGUGUACAGAAAGCUACGACCGUAUUUCUUGUAGAGGUGUCAGAUUCUUGGACAGGCGUCAGGGAAGAGUGUUCGCGUCUGCUGGCCCUUGUGGCCAGCAGACGCGGCCAAAUCUGAUAACCCAGUAAAACUGAGUAGGGUACAAAGGUUAACAGUCGCGGCCAAAGGAAACUGGGGACUCGCGGCGACGUCAACAGGCAAAUAAUCCUGCACGCACGCUGCGAGUUCCCCAGUGGCAAAGGAACAAUCACUGCAACUCAAUAUAUAUGGCUGGUGCCUUCGGGCCCUGCGCGUAAUACUAGAAAUGCUCAAUAAAAUUUAAAAUGUUGUUCAGCGGUGUUCAGUGACUGUCAGUAUGCCGGUCAAGUAUGUAACAGAAGAAGAAAAUCGGGAGACGAUGUGCUUGUUUAUCGGGACUCGUCGCGGCGGGGUCACCGUCGCUGGUGCGAAUUUCUGUCGUGAACCUAUAUGGUUCCACGACACCAUAAUGUCGUACGAGGGUCCCACUUCCCUGGGAACUCUCGCGUGUGCGGAUGUGCAGCGAGGAUGUGAGCCCUGAUUGCACCCUAAUUGGAUCAAACGCAUCGGGUAAUUUGGUUGCCUUCGUUCCAGUUCACGCGCCAUUUAAGCCUGCUGUGACAGUCAUUGUGCCAUUUCGCAACGCGUAGUAUUCCGAUUUCGCACGCUAAACGAAUAGCUCCGCAGAAGUUAAUCACGUGCGUUGGCGUAGCUCUUACAGGUGGCACGGAAAUAAGAAGGCGUUUAACAGCUUCGGCAUGAGAAAGAGUAUGCGUUACGUAUUUUUGGGCACGUGUUCAACGCUGUGUUUUCAAUGUUUAGGCCUUCGACUCGCAAAUAUUUCCUUCGAUGCCGGUCCUUUUGUGCUGUAUACAUUUUAUUUCGCUCUGUCUGUAGGAAUUUCUCGUAUGUUUUUUUUAUUAUUAUUGUCAUUAUUAUUUUGUUUUCACGGACCGAUUGUUUUACACCACCAGUAUAUGGAAUAUCUGCAUUCAGCGUGUUCAGUACGUUAGGCUCGGUUCAGUGGUUGACACGCUCACUCACGCGGUGUCGCACCCGAGUCAGAAGUUGUGCACGAAGCGCAAGACGAGUUCAUCCAGAAAUGCAGUCACGACUCUGUUUACGCUUGCUGCACGGCCAAUCAGGCGCACGAGCGCUGUAAUGUGCGUUUUGCAUGCAAUCUGCUAAUGUUACCGUGGCAUCUUCAUAAGGCCCGCUUGCGGGAUGCUGUCAAUGGAGGUUCGAUCGCUCGUGGAGUAAAAUUUGUGUCUACGUACGCGUUGGUGGAACUCUGCAUUCUGACUUGCAUUGGUGGCAUUGGUGGCUAAGACAUUUUUUUUUUUUUGUCAUGAACUCGCGGUUUUCUUUUUUCUUUUUUUUUUAAUAGUUGCCAAUGCCUAUUGAUCCAUUUCACGUAUCUGUUGGACCGUGAGCUUUACACAGUCUUGAACAUCAGUGUAACCAAGAAACGCCUAGAAUUAGCUCUGUUCAAAUCGUGCAUCGAUCGAGCCACACAGUUUGUCAUAGUUUCGCACAUAAACUGCUUUCUUUUUUUUUUUUUUCUCAAACAGUGUAACAUUAACGCAUCGCGUGUCCGCGUCAGUGUGAGUCGGGGCUCUCCUGUCCGAGCCCAGUAAACGUUUCGGCUAGUCGAGUGUAACAACAUUUCUUUCAGAACCAUAUUGCAGUCAAACGUGAGGACUUGCAAUAGGAGCGUUAUAUUUCAACGUCGACAUGUGUCUGACCAAUGACAUGCAAAUCGUCAAACGGGAACUAUUCGCGUGAAUCACCGUGAAAUUUUUACUCUUAUAGGCCGGCAUUGGCAUCGGGACCUCCAAAGCGUGCGGGUGGGGCGUUUUCUAUGUAAAGCGGACUUCUCGUUUUUAACUAUUUUAAAACUGGGAAUUCUAUAGCAGGACUUCAAUAGCUCCCGCUAUGUGCGUGCGAAUAGCUGGUGACUUGAGAUUAAUUUCCCAAUCAUCUUUCAAUGUUGUGCUACGGACUGCUCACAAUAACUUUAGCCCCAAACUUGACGUCCCGUCUCUUCGCCGUCUCGCUUUAGCCACAAACAAUUCCUCGUGCACUCUCCGAUAUAACGUAUAAAGGAACGCACAUAAUUUGACGAAAAUGUCGCAACCGCGUAUUCAGCGUUUGUUGCAACCUGGGUGAAGUUCACCUAAUGUUCCUUAUGGCCCACUCACACUACUAGGCCGACCCGACACCGAUUUCGGUCUGUCGACUGUCGGCGACAGCGUUUUUUUUUUUUCUAUCUUCGCGUCGGCGCCUCUAUCACACUACUGUAUCGACGCCGACUAUCUGUAGACGGUCGACGGAGAACGCGGCGUCGGUAUACAGUGUGACAGAGGCGCCGACACGAAAGCAAAUACAAGAAAGCGCUGUCGCCGACAGUCGGCAGACAGAAAUCGGUGUCGGGUCGGCCUAGCCUGACUGAACCUUUGCUGUCCGCACCAACUUUCUCGGUUCAUCUCCCUGCGCCUGCGAGUCACUCGAAUACAAAAUAGCGCCUCAGGCUGUGCAGCAGCAACGCCCGCGACGCGCAGUUACGACGCCUGUUCGGAGAGAGUGCUUCGUCACUCUCGGCGCGAAAUGACGAGGCAGAAAAAAAAUCGCUCCCUUAGGCCUCGCGCGCUUGUCUCGAAGCCAACACGCGGGCGACGCGAGCCAGCCUCGCGGGACGCGAUGGCUCCGAACUUGCGUACAAAAUCAAAAGUGGUGCGCGCACAACCCCGCCCGACCGCUUCUUUCUCGCCUCUAGUUUGUCCGAGGGGGUAGAGAGAGGCGCGUAACAGCAGUAGUAGUAGAGUAGCCGGCGGUCAAGUAUAAUACCGCCGUCUGUCGCGCGCCGGUGCGGAAGCAACGACCUGUAAUUGCGUCCCCGCGCACGACGACUCUCGCCUGCGCUUAAUUGAGGAGGCCGCCUUGUUUUUUAUUUAACGUCCUUUUUCUUUCGCAUUCUUCAACCCGCCUUGGAACACGUACGGGAAUGCCGUCGCUGCGCGCGAGGUCGGUAGCCGAGACGAGCCACGCAAAUAGCCGCGAGCAGCCUCUGCGCUGACCAAUCAAAGUCGAGCGCGAUGCUGGCCGAACGAACAAGCAGACGCUGUCCAUUUGGCGGCGGUGACCGCAGACGCAGCGUUCUUUAAAGAUAGCGGACUGGCGAAGGGAUAUAUAUAUCGCCGCGGAGAACGCGGCACUUCGGAGCGCGCGUGAUGUGCUUCGAAGAUAGGCCCGCCUUAAUUACGUAUGCACUGGAGAGCGAGCUUCAGUUCUUGUCAUUUUGUUUUUUUUUAGGGGGGGGGUGGGGGGGGGGUGGCAUCCGUGGUCACCUUUAGAGCUUUCCGCUUGCGCUUUCCGGUCUGUCAAAAGAAGCUGACAAAUGAACUCGUCGGGCCUUACUUCUCUCAAACUUCGCCGAUAAGAUAAUGCAGCCAUGGCGCGAUGGCGGACCCGUUCUGACACUCUCCACGGCAACGCUAACAGAGUUGUGAUGCAUUCAACGACGUUCGUGAAAUAAACGAAAAAUGCAGGAGCGGAGAACGAGUUUACUGCCGAACGUCUAUUUAUCGAACUGAAAACGAGACUUGCUACCUUACAGCCGUGUAGCAAAUAUAUUCCUCAUAUUCUCUCUCUCUCUCUCUACUUUCCUCUCAUUGUACCUCCCCCCCCUCUCUCACUCCAGCGUAGGGUAGCAAACCGGAUCUUGCCCUUUGAUUACCCUCCCUGCCUUCCCCUUUCUUCUCUCUCUACUGGCGAGUUUUUUUUGUUUGUUUUUUCUCCUUGAGGAAGACAGAUCGCACAACCGCACUUAAGAUUUUUCAGACGACUAAUGACGUAAAAAACGCGACAGUGCUACACAAGCAAAAACAAAUAAGCGUGACUGGAACGGCACUAUAUCUCAGCUCUGCUAUCUGCAUAAAAAAAAUCGCCAACUAGUCCGGUUAUCAGUUUACUUGCUAUUAAUGACAUGUCGCUUAUUAUCUCGAAACGUCAGUGAUACUUGUCAGAAGUCAGCUCUAGGUUAUAAGUUGAACUUCUUUGUCCACGAUAUGAUUUCGUAUGGGCCAUAUGGAUCAGGUUCUUUUUAAUGGAGGGAUAUAAUGUAGUCGAGAUGUGGCACUCUUGAUUUGUAACCAAGUGUGCUGGUGUGCCUUUUGGCUUUGUGCAUACGCGAAGUGUUUGUACAGUGUGGUCUAGUGUGACAGGGCGUGGCUGUAUACUGCAUAAAAUACAGCGUUCUGUAUUAAGCGCCAGAAAAUGGGUCGAUGUUUUCGUAUCAGGAAGCGAAUAUCUUCGUCGAGUGACAGUCGGUGAGAAAUUGUUGGUGCAAUUGUCGAAGGCAUUCUUCUGAACCAUCUCCUGUCAUGAUGGCCUUCGCUGCAUGAUGUCACAGCUGGGUGCUUAGAAUUUUUACGACCGCAUUACUCUUCUCAAUCGGGUGAAGUCGUUCUUGUGCAAUGGUGGCUUGCCUCUCAUAUGGACAAGAGAAAAACAUUUUUUUGUUUGCCUACUUUUCUUUUCGCGAGGUUCGUGCUGUUUCACAUUGUGGCAAUCCUCAAAGCGGUGUCUUGGAAAUGUAUUGUGAUGCGUCUAGCACGUCUCACGCUAGACUGCGAAGUAUUGUGUGUAUAUAUAUACAUAUAUGCGUGUAAAUAAUCUAGUUGCAAUGGGGAGCAUUCCUCGUCGCCAUGUCGACGGGUGUAGAAAUGUGUCACAGGUGUAUUUUUCUGUAUUGGUGUACAUAUACGUGGCGACGAAAGAAACCGAAAUGGAAGAAAGUGCUCGAGCCUUUCUGUAUUUUGUAUAAGAGACUCGUCGCGGUCGUACACCGCGCCGUGGACAGCUUUCUCGUAGUAUUGUUAUUAUUUUUGUGCUGGCGGAUGCGGCGAAACAGCCCCAUCAAUCACGUACAAGACUGAGACUGCACGACUAGGAAAAUAAUAAAAUAAUACAUGUUUUGAAUGAGA